AUGAUCUCGCCGACUUCGCCACCGUCUUCCUCCGACCGCCGCCGCAGCAGCAGCAGCGCCGCCGUCUCCGCCGUCUCGUCUGCCGAAGAGGACGAGCGCCUCGACGCCUCCCUCGCCCGGCCCGACGGCCUCGCCGGCCUCCCUAUCGACAUGAUGGACUACUACGCCGACUGCGAAGACGCCGGCAACCCCACCGUCCUCAACAUCAAGAUCGCCACCACCUUUCGCAACGCCGCCGCCGGCUCCAACGUCUCCUUCUCCCUCCGCUGGACGCCCCUUACCCCCGGCCCGCCGCAUCCGCGUCACCUUUGGGAUCGCCUGUCCGGCGCCGUCGCCUCCCUCUUGGGCUCCGCCUCUCCUGCUGCUCCCACCACCCUCCCGGACACCGUCCCCUACAGCGCUGCCAACCUGCCCCGCAUGAGCCUCAUCGGCCACUUUGAGCCCAUCACCCCCGACGAGACCUCGUACGCGGACCUCGCCUCCUGCUUCGUCAACACCCACUCCGACGCCAAGUACUGGCUCCCCGGCAACGUCAUCCACCAAUCUAGCUGGGCCAGGCUCGUCGUCGAGCAGGUCUACUGGGUCGGCGGCUUCGGCGACAGGGCCUACAUCGGCUGGCUCCCCAUCGAGGACUGGAGGGGCGUCACCAGGGAGGAGUGGGAGUCCAUCAAGCUCCCCGGCGAGGAAAGGGACUGGAAGGAGUGGGCUCUCGAGGAGCCCAAGGAAUGGGAUCUAUAA